UGCGAAUUGCGCGUAUUGUCGUAAGUAGUAAAUAGGUACUUCAUUCAGUUCAGUCGGUAUUGAAUAGUCUCCUUCCUUAGUUCCGUAGCUAGUCAAUAAUAAUAUUAUGACUCAUAAGAACUGGGGUAGUGGGAAUGUUCGGUUGAUAUAAAGCGCACCAAAUACAAAUGCACAAUACUCAUUCUGUCAUAUUGCUGUACGGGUUCACUAAAAACGCGGAAUAGUGCUUCGGAGUUCCUUGUUUGACGACUAUCUUUGUUCUUGUUUUUUAUUUGUAACUUUUUCGUUUGUGCCAUUAUGGAAUUCCCACACUUAGGUCAGAACUGCAGCAAAGAGACGUGUAAACGUUUUGAUUUCCUGCCAGUUAAAUGCGAUGCCUGUUCGGGUAUAUUUUGUUCUGAUCACAUGAGCUAUAGCAGCCAUCAAUGUCAAUCUGCUUACAAAAAAAAUGUACAAGUACCCAUGUGUCCUUUGUGCAACAAACCAGUACCUAUACCACGGGGUCAAGAACCAGAUUUUACUGUUGGGCAACAUAUUGACAAUGACUGUCGGUUUACUGAGGGUAGAAAGGUGUUCACAAAUAGAUGCACGGUAACAAAAUGUCGAGGCAAGGAAGCUGUGCCUUUAGUAUGUAGUGAAUGUCGUCAAAAUCAUUGUUUUAAACAUCGUCAUCCUUUAGACCAUGGUUGCACUGGUAGUGCAAAAUCUGUCCAAAGAAAAGUGACGGAUGUUAAAAAUAUAUUUGGAACCAGUGGAAUCAUAAAAAAAGCUUUCACUGCAUCUGCAAUACAGGGAAAUAUGAGUGAAGAUGAAGCAUUAGCUAAAGCCUUAGCUGAGUCUGAACGUAUGACUAACGAAAAUACCACUAGUCCUCAAGCAAGAUGUUCUGUCGCAUAAAAUUGUUAAUUUUUAUUAAAUUAAGCACAAAAUAUCAUAUUUUUAUUAAUAUUUUUAAAACUUUAAAUUUUAUAAGAUUAUUAUACAUUCCAGACAUUUAUCUUAUGUAUCAUAGUGAAAUAUUUUAUUUAUAUGUUAAUAUUAUGAUUGUGUAUUUUAAGCUGUACCAUUUAAAAUCAACCCACUUCAUAAAACUGAAUAACCUGAAAAAAUACUCCGUCCUUGUUGGUGUUCAUAUUUUAAUUUUAAAUUUCUUCAAUUAAAAUUUACCAUACAUUAAAUAUUAAAAAUGAAUAAAAUUGUUACUUUAUUAUUAAUUUACUUACAAAUUUAAAUAAUUGAAAAUGUUGUAAUAUGAUGGUAUUUUUGUGUAUAUAUAAUAUGUAUUUUUUUCUUUUUACAAAUAUUAAACGGGUAUUAAAAUUA